UAGUUCAACCUCUGAGGAAUGUGUUUGUGCAAGUCUGCUGUACUUUGCCCUGCCCCUUGCUUGGAAUAAAUCUGUCCUGUCUCAAAGUGUUCCAGUCUUUUUCAAGCAGGACAAGUGAAAGUGUCUACGGCUGGAGACAAACUUGAUGUUGGCUUUUCUUAGAGGGCGAUUGGAACUGUUUUGGGUGGGACAUCCAGUUCCACGUCAACAGGUUUCACAACAAACACGUCACACCAGUUUCAUCUGAACUUAAUGAAAGAGUGUCAUUUCAUCCCUGUUCUUUUUCUUACCAUCUUAGAAUACUUAAAUAUGAACAUAUGUAUUCAUCGUGAUGGUUUGUUAUUUUCAUUUUACUUACAGAAUGGAUCGUGUCAAACAUACAGGCGGCUGCCACUGUGGGGCUGUUAGAUUUGAAGUCUGGAGUUCCCCAGACCUCCAUGUUUUCCACUGCAACUGUAGCAUUUGCACAAAGAAACAAAACCAUCAUUUCAUUGUUCCAAAAAAUCACUUCACACUCUUACAGGGGUCAGAUAAUCUGACUACAUACACGUUCAACAGUCAUGUUGCUAAACACACCUUCUGUAAAACCUGUGGAGUUCAAAGUUUCUACACUCCACGCUCCAACCCUGAUGGAUAUGGUGUUGCUGUACACUGUCUGGAUCCAGGUACUGUCCGCAGCGUCACAGUGGAGAAGUUUUGUGGGGAGAAGUGGGAAGAAAGCAUGCAAGCUCACAACACCAUCAGAGACAUGUCUAAAUGUGCCGCAGACACACAGCCGGGAGAAACUAAAUAAUAAUACAAGAGAUACAAGAAUCAAACUUCUUUUUAAUCAGCAGGAUACCAGAAAAACUGUACAGUUUUUUUUUAACAAUCUUUGAAAUUAUAAUAUAAAAAAAGCUCCUCAACCGAUUUAAACCCUAGUGUUGUUUUUAAUACAGUGUACUAACUCAAAACAAUAAAGAAGUUUCUUUAGCAAAAA